ACGAUAUUUUGCAGAAUUAAAUAGAAAUUAUAUUUCGGACAACUUCUGGCAAAAAUUUUAUUAUCAAAAUGGAGACAAAUAUGAGAGCAUUCGAUUAUAUUGACUAUAAAAAACCAUUGUUCGGACAAGAUUUUCGCACAUCAUCGUACCUAAGUCAUCGUCAUAUACCAUUUGAUUCGAAUAUAAAGCCAUCUAAAAACAAAAAUAGUAAAACCUUUUCAAACGAUCCAGUAUUGUUACACAAUCGUGUAACCGAGUAUAAAAAUGAAUUUAAAUUAAAAUCAAAUAUCAAUAUCGGUGAAAGGAUAAAUCCCAAAUUGAACAUGAAACAUCAGUUUAUAAAGCCAUUUGAAGAUCAAAAGUUCAAAAUUUUGCCACGUGUAAUGCAUCCAGCCAUGAGUAUUUCACAUCAGGACUAUAUAUGGACUGGUCUACCACCAGAAGCACCCCAUCGGACAUUGUAUUUCAACAAAAGUAUAAAGACAACUCCACAAGUUAUCGAUGAUAAUAAACCUGGAUACUCGAAAUAUUUAGAAGCUGGUGCAACCACAAAUAAGCUUACAUACGUUCAUCGUACUCCGGAACAGAUGUUGUCUGGAAUUGCUGCAUGUGAUGCCAUAACUUUUUGGAACUGGAAGAAAAACUCGCUCAAUUCGAUUCCCCUAUAUACUCGUAAAAAUAAACAAGUGUGUGAUGAAGCGCCUGCAGAGCGGUGCAAACAUCCAAAGACAGAUCACAAACGUGUAGUUAAAUUUGUGCCACAUAAUGCUUUCACCACUGAAGUCCGAGAUAAUUACAAAGGUGAAGUGUUGCUGAAUGAUGUAAAACCGGGAAAAAAUUUGCGAGGAUAUCCAAUUUUCGAUAAGAUGGCAUUAAGUGAUCAAACAGAAAAUCACAUUUAUGGCACUGGAGACUCAACAAGGAAAUACAUUUAAAAAUAUUAGAAAUAAUGAUAGAACGUAUGAUGUUUACAGAAGACUUUGAUUUUAAUGGAAAAUAUUUGUAUCAUUAUAUCUGUAUAUUGUAGAUAGAAAAAAGAUGAUUAACAAAUUUUGCCAUAAUUAAGAUAAAAUUUGCAGUAUAUUAAAAUUAGUACAAUAAAUA